AUGGCAGAGAACCCGCCGGAGCCUGGAGUUGAUUUGGACCAGAGCCAGUUCUGCUGUUCGGUGUGUUUGGACCUGUUCGUGGAGCCCGUCACCGUCCCCUGCGGACACAGCUACUGCAGGCUCUGCAUUGAAGGCUGCUGGCGGCGUGCCGAGGAGGCGCAGGGCCGAUACAGCUGCCCGCAGUGCAGGGAGGACUUCCGGCCUCGACCUGUGCUGAAGAAAAAUAUCAUUCUAGCCGAGUUUGUGGGGAAGCUGAAGGCGACGGGCACCAAGGAAACCCCUCUCUUUGUCGGGUUGACCCGUGCUGGCCCAGACGACGUUGCCUGUGAUUUCUGCUGCGAGGCCACAAGACGCAAGGCCUCCAUGUCCUGUCUGACGUGCCUGGCGUCGUACUGCGAUCUUCACCUGGCGCCUCACCACGCCGUUCCCGCGCUGAAGACUCACCGGCUGGUGUCCGUCACGGUCCCGCUGAAGGAGAAGAUGUGCAAGAAGCACAACAAGCUGCUGGAGGUGUACUGUCAUUCUGACGGGAGCUGCAUCUGCUACCUGUGCAUGAUGGACGAACACCGGGGACACGUCACCGUUCCAGCCUCGGCAGAACGAGCCACAGAGCAGAUGCUGCCGAGUAUGAAUCAAAUCGGUGUCCAGAGGAGUCUGCAGAAUACAGAGCAUGAACCGAAGGAGUUGGACAAAGAUCUGGAGGAUUUCGAGCAGGAUUACAGCCGGACUUCAGUGGACAGGCUUGACAAGAUGUUCGACCUGAUGAGCUCCUCCUUCCAAAUGAGACGCAUUUUGGAAAAGCAGAUGAGCAACAUGAGAGAGAAACUGGCGGUUGUCCAGGCUGAAAAGUUGCAACUUCAGCUACAGGAGGAGAUCACCAACCUGCGGAAACAGAACGGUGACCUUCACAAGCCCUCUCUCUCCAGCGACCACAUUCAUUUCGUUCAGACUUUCCCAGCUCUCUCCACUUCCUGUGAAUCUCCAGACCUGCCGCCCGGUGCUGCUGCUCGCCCUCGUGGUUCGAUGGCAGCUGCAUCUUGCUCUUUAGAUGACCUGAAAAAUAAAGUAGAGGACUCCUGGUCCAAAUUUUCUGCCAUAGUGUCCGCUAUUGAUGUUAUGCUGCCACCUGAGCCAAAAACCAGAGAACAGUUUUUACUCUAUGGCUGUGUCUUCACCCUCGACAUCCAAACCGCCCACAAGUGUUUGUCCGUCUCCAAAGUGCUAAAGCAAGACGUUAGUGCAUCCCGCUGCGCCCCCUGCUAUGCCAGUCGGUCAGACAUGUUUGAGAGUGUGAAGCAGGUGCUGUGCUGCGAGGCUGUGUUCGGGCGCUGCUACUGGGAGGUCACCUGGGAAGGUUCCUUUUGCGCAGUAGCUGUGGCAUACAAAGACAUCGAAAGAUCAUCGCCCAACUCAGAGUUCGGAUGCAAUGACAAAUCGUGGAGCUUGGAGUGCUCCGAGAAUGGCUACGUUUUCCGACACCGUUCUGAGAAGAAAGUUGUGUCGGGCCCUCUGACCUCCCGGGUCGGUGUGUUCCUGGAUUACAGGGCAGGUACUCUGGCUUUUUACAGCGUCUCUAAAGAGAUGGUGCUGCUCCACAGAGAACAGACCGUGUUCUGUAAACCUCUUUAUCCUGGCCUUGGGCUGAAGGACGAUGUUCACGCAAAACUGAUUAAGUUAUGGUGAGGAAGUCUCAUGCUGACGCAUA